ACGUCAGCAAUCAAUCAGACGACUCGUGAGGCGGGCGGAUUUUGGGCGGAGCGUACACCUGCGCUAGAGCGAGCUUCCCAGUCAGUCUGCGUCGCGCGCUUGCCCGACUUCGUUGUUGGGUAAAUAUAGCGCGUACGAUUUCGAUCGUGUUAUUAUGCCUCUGUUUUCCGAACAUAUUACGAACAUGUAUUAUAGUGGAUCACCAUCAUAUACUAGUUCACCGUAUAACUAUGGUAGUUCAGUGUCACCUUAUGGAACGUCUUACAGUGCGUCUUACUUAAAUUCAGGGGGAAAUUACAGUUCUCAUUCAUCUCUUGGAGGCUAUACUCGAGCUUCACUUACGUCUCGAUAUUUAACGAGUGGUAGUAGAGUCUAUUCACCUAUGUUAAGCACUAUUUCUGAAAAAGGAACAUCAAGUCCAGUGAGAAUAAACAGUCCUAGAAGAGUUCCUAUUACUAGCAGACCUUAUUAUCCAUCAACAUAUACUCCUCGACCUAUUAACAUAAAUACAGCUGACAUUGACGUGUCGAUUGAUAGAUAUCGAAAUAAAGUAUCGGAUCCAAAUACUAGUGGACGUGCAGGUCUACCGCCUAGACGUAGUAGUCCAAUUAUAGAAAAAGAUAAUGGACAUGAUAAACCUAAUACUGGUAUAGAUUCGUCACCUGGACCACAACAAACCACAAUCAAAAGAGAUCGAACAGUUGUGAGACUUCAUACAAUAAAACGAAAAGAAAGAGAUUCUCCACGUAAGCCCAGUGAAGAUGCAAAACGUAAAGACACUAGUGGCAAUGAGCAAAAAAAUCUUGACAAUGUAGAAAAACAAAAAGAAAUUGUUAAAUGGAGAGAAAAGUUAGCCAAUGAUUUAACGUAUAAGGUACCAAAGGAAAAGAAAUCAUUAGGUGCAAAAUUAGUUGAGAAGUUUACUCUUAAAGAUAAGGAAGAAGCGGAAUUUAAUGUAAUAACAAAAAAAUCUCCUCCAAUUCAAACAGAUAUAGAUAUUUCAGCUCAAACUCAAGAACCCAAGGAUACAUCCACUGUUUGUACCCUAUUAGGGAGACGGUGUUCAAUGGAACUUCUAGCCGAACAAGCAUCUAUACUAGAUUCAUUAAUAAGGAGAGAGAAUCUGAGUACUGCUCCAUUAGAUUUAAGUAAAAUAGGUUCUGAAUGUGAGUCAACUUUUGAAAAAACAGGACCUGAAAUUUCCAAUAAACGAAUGUGUUUUGAUAAAAAAAACCAAUUAACAACAACAAAAUCAGAUCACUCUUUGCAUGAUCGCCUUUCAUCAAAAGACUUAAAGGACCCAAAGCAUACGAAAAGGCGAAGUUUAAGAAAAUGCUCUUCCGGUAGCAGCAUUUGUAAAUUAGAUCAAAUUGCAGAAUUACCUCAAAGUUUAACAGGUACAAAUUUACCAACUGUGGACGAAAAUUACGAUGCAUAUAAAACCAGUAAUAAGAAAUUAAAACCUAAACUCAAAACAAAAAUUACAUCAUCUGUUGAGGUGACAACACCGCCUAGUCCCUUAAAAUUUAUUGUUGAAAAAGUAACUGUUGAAGAAAAAUCUCGACCUUAUAAGAAGGGUAUAAUUUAUAGCAGUGAAGUGGAUGAUGAAUCAACAAACAAAAAAUCUACUGUAAAUAUAGAGGGACAUAGAAAAAGCGUAAAAAUAAAAACAAAACAGUCACAAGAAAUAAUGGGUAAACAAAAACAAGUACCAACAACAAGUAUUCAAGUUAUUAAUGAACCUCCUGUUAAAGUUGUAAAAGGUCAUAGGAAGAGCUUUAAAUCAAAACAAGGCAAAGAAAAUCAGGAUUUACAAUCUCCAGAACCUGAUGAUGGUAAUUUUUGGGAUAAAAUAGGUAAAAGGGAGACAAUAUAUUUAAUAAAUAGGAAACAAAAUUUAGAGGAAAUGAAAGAAAAAAGCAAGCGAUCACUAUUUUGGUUUCCUGAAAAUGAGGAAUCUGAAACAAAUAUUAUAAGUACUGAAGAAAAUGCUACAGAAAAUUUUGAAAUUAAAAAGAAUGAGGAGAUAAAAAGCUUUGACAAAAUUGUGAAUACAGCACCCAUAAUGGAAGAAAAAAAAUCAGAAAAGUGUUAUAAAAUCAGUAAAAUAUCUAAUAUCAGUAGUGAUAAUGAUAAAAGUAAUUUGCAAUUUACUGAUUCAAAUGAGACAUCAUUAAAGGAACAAAUUGAAGAAUUUGCACAAACAAAAUACUCUUCAGAUGUUAUUAAAACUAUAAAUGAAGAUGCUUUAAAUAAGAAAAGCGAAGAACAAAAAUACCAUGCCAAGAAACUCGAAAACAAAGAGAAAGCGGAGGAAUUGUGUAAAAGUUCAGAGAGGGCUACUAAAUUGACACUUAGCGAUUCAAAUAACGAAAUAUCUGCUAUUGAACAAGUCACAGAAACAGUGUCUUCUGAAAGUACAAAAUCUCCGGAGUGUAUUAUUACUUUACCUAAACGAUCAUUGAAUAAAAAAGAUGAAGAAAAUAAAGUAAGCGGGAAGUUAGAAAGUGAUAACAUUACUAAUGGAACGAAUAAAGUGGUUGAUUUUUCAUCGGAUUUGAAUACUAGCACUGAUUUAAAAAACAAGACGUCUUUAACACAAGAAGUUAUCGAAACUUUGCUCUUGAAAGAUUCUUUACAACCAGUAAAUGUCUUACCCAAAGAAACUCUGUAUGAAAAAAGUAAUAAGGAUGAUAAAAUUAAUCAUAAAAUUAAAAAUAUUGAGGCAUACGAUGAAUGUAGUAAGAAAGAGAAUUCUGUUGAAGACUUAAAAGUUAAUUUAACUAAAGAUCACAAAUCGGAUGAAUUAAAACUAUCUAGUAAUGAAAAUAAUCCAGUUUUAAACACACCUGUAGAUAUAACAAUAGACAUAAAAAAAGAUAAAAUAUUAAAAGAAAAUGACUAUGAACAACCAGCACCAUUUGAACGAGAAUCCGUAAUUGAAGAUGAAGUAUUACUUAGUCACAAAAAUAAUAAUAUAAAUCAAAACUUAAUUAUUAAAAAUGAAGAAGAUAAGAACUUGAUUGCAGAUAAACCACUAGCAAGUAAUGAUGAUAAUUCAGACAUUGUAGGCAUUCCAAAAAUCCAAGAAAAUUUGACAACAGAAGAAAAUAUGGAAUCAGAUUUAGCAAAAUCAAAACCACAAAGAAAAGAGGAGCCUUCGUCUCCUGUGUCCGUACUUGUUUUACCUAAGAAACCAGUAAAAGAAGCAAAGGCACCGAUAGUUUUAAUAGCAACUCCUAGACCGCUACAAAAGAAGAAACCUCCAGUUGUAAAUUCGUCUUCAUCUUCUGAAUCGUCCGAUGAUGAAUCAACUGAUGAAGAGGAAUCUGAUGAAGGCGAAUCUGAUUCGAGUGAAGCGUCUGCUGAAUUCUUCGAGUGUGAAAACAAUACUGAUGGAAGAACUUCAACUGGAUCUAACGAUUCCGGUUUUGAUUCAUCUGCUCCAACGUCUCCGUCAGGAUUCCUACAUACCAAAAAAGAGCAUUCAACGGCAUACGGUCUGUUCAGAAAAACUGGACGUUUCACGCCUCCCGCCAGAUCCAUUCCACGCUUCAGAAAAUAUACUAUUGAAGAUUUUCAAUUUAUCAAAGUUUUAGGCAAAGGAAGCUUUGGCAAGGUUAUGUUAGCGGAGUUGAGAGAUACAGAAUACUACUACGCCGUUAAGUGCUUGAAGAAAGAUGUUGUAUUGGAAGAUGAUGACGUAGAAUGUACGUUAAUCGAAAGAAAAGUCCUCGCACUUGGAACCAACCAUCCUUAUCUGUGCCACUUGUUCGCAACUUUCCAAACAGAUUCUCAUCUGUUUUUCGUAAUGGAGUACUUGAAUGGCGGAGACCUGAUGUUCCACAUUCAACAAAGCGGCCGCUUUCCGGAAACGAGAGCGCGGUUUUACGCAGCUGAAAUCGUGUCAGGACUUAAGUUUCUUCAUAAAAGAGGCAUUGUUUAUAGGGAUCUGAAAUUAGACAACAUUUUGCUGGACUUUGACGGUCAUGUACGGAUAGCUGACUUCGGCAUGUGCAAGUUACAAAUAUACCUCGAUAAGACUGCAGACACGUUCUGUGGCACACCGGACUACAUGGCGCCAGAAAUCAUCAAAGGACUAAAAUACAAUCAAACAGUUGACUGGUGGUCUUUCGGAGUAUUACUGUACGAAAUGCUGAUCGGCCAGAGCCCGUUCAGUGGUUGUGAUGAAGACGAGCUGUUCUGGUCGAUAUGCAACGAAAUGCCUUCGUACCCGCGCUUCCUUUCGUCAGAAGCCCUAAGCAUAUUAACUAGGCUUUUAGACAAGGACGCCCGCACGCGGCUGGGCGGCGCGGAGUGCAUGCACGGCGACGUCAGGGACCAGCAGUUCUUCGGCCCCAUACACUGGGAGCGCCUCGAGAGACGCGAGCUCGAAGCGCCUUUCAAACCACGCGUGCGACAUCCAAUGGACACCCAAUAUUUCGAUCGCGCGUUCACUGGCGAGCGUCCUCGGCUCACUGCGGUCGAACCCCAGGUCCUCCGGUCGAUGGACCAGGAACCGUUCAGAGGCUUCUCUUACACGAAUCCUAACGCUACAGAUCACUAAAACAUAGUUUCGUAAUGAAUAUGGUGUAAUUUAUGGAACUACUUUAGCCAUUUGAUUAUGGGGAAUAGUAGAAUGAUCGUGUCACCACGAGAGUUAGGAUGACGAUAUACUGGUUAAAUUUAGAACUUGAGUUUAUAUGUCAUGUAUAAGGCAAUGUGAAAUAUAAUCAUAUGUAUUUUUAGUUAUCCUUGAAACAGAAAGAGAGAAGCUUUAAAUUGAAGAGUUUUAAAAUAUUUGCAAAGAUUAUUGUAAUAUAAAAAUGUACAUAUUAAUUAGGCGAUGUAUAAUACAGUGUCUGUCACACACAUUGUCAAACGUGUGUCAUAUUAUGUCGUCAUUGUAUUUUUACAUCAAAGUGGUUUACACAGUUUAAGUAGAUUUUCAAUUAAUAAUGUCAAUUGUAUCUUUUUUGUAGAAAAUAAAUGCGAUAAAGUAA